AUGUCAAGCAGCACACAGCAUACCCCUGCCCUCAGACUCCAGCAGCUCAGCAGCCAUAUCGUCAAGAAGGCAGACAAACCCUCGUUCUUUGAGCAAGUCCAAGGAGCACCCGCCGAUGUCAUUUUCGCACUUACAUCGUCCUACAAGGCCGAUUCUGAUGCUCGAAAAGUCAACCUCGGUGUUGGUGCAUAUCGCACCGAAGAAGGCAAACCAUGGGUCCUCCCCGUCGUGAAAAAGGCGGACCACAUCAUGGUGGAGGAUGACAACUUGGACCACGAAUACCUGCCAAUUCUGGGACUCGAGCCAUUCCGCAAGGCUGCUGUCAAGUUGAUCCUUGGAGCCAACUCGAAGGCCAUUGCGGAGGAUCGCACCGGUGCAGCCCAGUGUAUCUCUGGAACAGGGGCAGUCUACACUGGUGCACACUUUCUCUCAAAACACUACCCCAUCAAGAAUGCCGCCUGUUACAUCUCCAAGCCCACCUGGGCGAACCACCGUGCCAUCUUUGAGGGAGUGGGUAUGCAAGUCCUCGAGUACCCCUACUGGCACCCUGCCACCAAGGGCCUCGACCUCAAGGGUAUGCUCGGCACUAUGCAGUCAGCGCCCAACGGCUCCAUCUUCCUGAUCCACCCUUGCGCGCACAACCCUACAGGAGUCGACCCGACCAACGACCAAUGGCGUCAGAUUGCAGAUGUGAUGGAGGCCAAGGGUCACUUCCCGUUCUUUGACUGUGCCUACCAAGGUUUUGCGUCGGGAAGUCUCGACAAGGAUGCCUACUCUGUCCGAUACUUUGUCGAGCGCGGGUUCGAGAUGUUUAUCGCCCAGUCGUUCUCCAAGAACUUUGGUCUGUACUCGGAGCGGGCGGGCAACUUGACUAUUGUCGCGAGGUCGGUCGAAGUCAAGAACAGGAUCGAGUCCCAGAUCGCCAAGGCCCAGCGCGCUGUCAUCUCUAACCCUCCCGCGUAUGGAUCUAGGAUCGUCAGCGCGGUGUUAAGCAACGAGACCCUUUAUGGGGAGUGGGAGCAGAACCUGUUGACUAUGGCCAACAGGAUUAUUGACAUGCGGAAGGUUCUUUAUGAUGAGUUGGUCAAGCUGGGCACACCGGGCACAUGGAACCAUAUCGUUGACCAGAUUGGCAUGUUUUCCUUCACUGGUCUGACGACGCCUCAGGUCAAGGUCCUGAAGGAGAAGUACCAUGUCUACCUCACGGAUAAUGGACGCAUCUCGAUGGCUGGAUUGAACUCGAAGAAUGUCAAGUAUUUUGCCCAGGCAGUUGACUUUGUCGUCCGCAACCACUAG